AACGAGGUAUUUCAGUCUUCCGCCGUAACUAAAGUAACGGUAAACUAGGUACUUUUGAGGUAAAAUUAUUUUAUACAAACGGAUUGAGGCAAGACAAAGAGUUUAUACAUCAACGCCAUUUUGAUCGACUCUGAGCAAUGUCACACAAAGUCUUCAACCAUUGAUUACGGUAGUUACGCAGAUCCCAACAAAGUAGUCUGCGCAGACUACUAGAUGCGCAUCUAAUAACAUAGCUCAGAUCAAAAGUUAGUGACUUCAAAACUGUUGCCACGUUUUGGUUUGGCCACAACUACUUUUCUUCGAAUCGCCUCCAACUCUAGUCAGCAGUGCGUGAUAAUCGGUGUCCAGGCAUACGUAACACGUGGCCCAACUAUAUCAGUCAAUGAAGAUUAACAACCUCAUCAAUUGAUUUACCACCAUUCCUUAACACUCUGAGUUUAAUCUCACUAUUAAUUAACCGGUGAAUAUGUUUACAGGUUUAUUUGUAUCGUUUUUUCACAGUGGAUCGAAAACUCCCAAUAAAAUGGAUGUCCGGAUCAAAUAUCCGUUUAAACACUUCCUGAAAGAAGGAAUUGUUUCGAAGCCUAAGAAAAAAAGAACCGAAGUAAACAAUCAUAGCCCCACAAAUACAUAUGAUACUACAGGGCCAAAGGACGAUGAGAAUGCUUUAAUGAUAUCAAGUGGUGAUCAAAGUCAAACUAAAUACGGAAAACAACCAAGGAUAAUUAAAGGGUUAGUCAAACAUAUAUACUUGAUCGAUCUUAAACACAAGCCUGAAGAAUUAAUUAAUUUUUAAAUACCCAUAGAAGGUCAAUAGUUGACAGACAUCCUAAUUUAAAUAAAAAUUCAAUUGAAAAACACUGUUUCGGAGUACAACCAGGUUUAUCACAAACUGAGAUAACUGCAGAACUAAUUCGAUACUCGCAAAUGGUCAGUAAAAUACAAGAAACUAACCCACAACUUUUCCUACGAAAAUGUCAGUAAGAAAACAUUAUGGGAAAAUUAUUGCCCUUUAGAAUUAAAUAAAACUACAUACAUGAGGUCUUUUUGCCAACAUUACCCCUUAAAAUACAUAUCAAUGGUAAUUUGUAGAGUAACAGACUCCAGUGUGAAAUAAACUACAAUACUGAUAAUAAUUUCUCGGCAACUAAACUGUUGCAUAAACAAAUAAAAUCCUUAACGACUUCCAGAUAU